AUGCACAAGCACCAGCACUGCUGUAAGUGCCCGGAGUGCUAUGAGGUGACCCGCCUGGCUGCCCUGCGGCGCCUCGAGCCUCCUGGCUAUGGGGACUGGCAGGUGCCCGACCCCUAUGGGCCAGGUGCGGGCAAUGGGGCCAGCGCGGGUUAUGGGGGCUACAGCUCGCAGACCCUGCCCUCACAGGCAGGGGCUACCCCUACAACCCGCACCAAGGCCAAGCUCAUCCCCACCGGCCGGGAUGUGGGGCCAGUGCCCCCUAAGGCAGUCCCGGGCAAGAGCACCCCCAAACUCAACGGCAGUGGCCCCAGCUGGUGGCCCGAGUGCACCUGUACCAACCGGGACUGGUAUGAGCAGGCCAGCCCUGCACCCCUCCUAGUGAACUCUGAAGCCCUGGAGCCCAGCCUCUCAGUGAAUGGCAGCGACGGCAUGUUCAAGUAUGAGGAGAUAGUACUUGAGCGGGGCAAUUCUGGCCUGGGCUUCAGCAUUGCAGGUGGCAUCGACAACCCCCAUGUCCCUGAUGACCCUGGCAUCUUUAUUACCAAGAUCAUCCCUGGUGGAGCAGCUGCCAUGGACGGGAGGCUGGGGGUGAAUGACUGUGUGCUUCGGGUGAAUGAGGUGGACGUGUCGGAGGUGGUGCACAGCCGGGCCGUGGAGGCGCUGAAGGAGGCGGGCCCCGUGGUGCGGUUGGUGGUGCGGAGGAGACAGCCCCCACCCGAGACUAUCAUGGAGGUCAACCUGCUCAAAGGACCCAAAGGCCUGGGUUUCAGCAUUGCUGGGGGGAUUGGCAACCAGCACAUCCCGGGAGACAAUAGCAUCUACAUCACCAAGAUCAUCGAGGGGGGUGCUGCUCAGAAGGAUGGACGCCUACAGAUUGGGGACCGACUGCUGGCGGUGAACAACACCAAUCUGCAGGAUGUGAGGCAUGAGGAAGCUGUGGCUUCACUGAAGAACACAUCUGAUAUGGUGUAUCUGAAGGUGGCCAAGCCAGGCAGCCUCCACCUCAACGACAUGUAUGCACCCCCUGACUACGCCAGCACUUUUACUGCCUUGGCUGAUAACCACAUAAGCCAUAAUUCCAGCCUGGGUUACCUUGGGGCUGUGGAGAGCAAGGUCAGCUACCCUGCUCCUCCUCAGGUUCCCCCUGCCCGCUACUCUCCUAUCCCUAGGCACAUGAUGGCUGAGGAGGACUUCACCAGAGAGCCCCGCAAGAUCAUCCUGCACAAGGGCUCCACAGGCCUGGGCUUCAACAUUGUAGGAGGAGAGGAUGGAGAAGGCAUUUUUGUCUCCUUCAUCCUGGCAGGAGGCCCAGCUGACCUGAGUGGGGAGCUGCGCAGGGGAGACCGGAUCUUAUCGGUGAAUGGCGUGAACCUGAGGAAUGCAACUCACGAGCAGGCUGCAGCUGCUCUAAAACGGGCUGGCCAGUCCGUCACCAUUGUGGCCCAGUACAGACCUGAAGAGUACAGUCGCUUUGAAUCGAAGAUACAUGACUUGCGAGAACAAAUGAUGAACAGCAGCAUGAGCUCUGGGUCUGGGUCCCUCCGAACAAGUGAGAAGAGGUCUUUGUAUGUCAGGGCCCUAUUUGAUUACGAUCGAACUCGGGACAGCUGCCUGCCAAGCCAGGGGCUCAGCUUCUCCUAUGGUGACAUUCUGCAUGUCAUCAAUGCCUCUGAUGAUGAGUGGUGGCAGGCGAGACUGGUAACCCCACAUGGAGAAAGUGAGCAAAUCGGUGUGAUCCCCAGUAAGAAGAGGGUGGAAAAGAAAGAAAGAGCUCGAUUGAAAACUGUGAAGUUCCAUGCCAGGACAGGGAUGAUUGAGUCUAACAGGGACUUCCCUGGGUUAAGUGACGAUUAUUAUGGAGCAAAGAACCUGAAGGGAGUGACAUCCAACACCAGUGACAGCGAAAGCAGUUCCAAAGGACAAGAGGACGCAAUUUUGUCAUAUGAGCCAGUGACGCGGCAAGAAAUUCACUAUGCAAGGCCUGUGAUCAUCCUGGGCCCAAUGAAGGACAGAGUGAACGAUGACCUGAUCUCGGAGUUCCCACAUAAAUUUGGAUCCUGUGUGCCACAUACUACUCGGCCUCGGCGUGAUAAUGAGGUGGAUGGACAAGACUACCACUUUGUGGUCUCCCGAGAACAAAUGGAGAAGGAUAUUCAGGACAACAAGUUCAUCGAAGCGGGCCAAUUCAAUGAUAAUCUCUAUGGGACCAGCAUCCAGUCGGUGCGGGCAGUUGCAGAGAGGGGCAAGCACUGCAUCUUAGAUGUUUCCGGCAAUGCAAUCAAGAGGCUGCAGCAAGCACAACUUUAUCCCAUUGCCAUUUUCAUCAAGCCCAAGUCCAUCGAAGCACUUAUGGAAAUGAACCGACGGCAGACAUACGAACAAGCCAAUAAGAUCUAUGACAAAGCCAUGAAACUGGAACAGGAGUUUGGAGAAUACUUCACAGCCAUUGUACAGGGUGACUCACUGGAAGAGAUUUAUAACAAAAUCAAACAGAUCAUUGAGGACCAGUCUGGGCACUACAUUUGGGUCCCAUCCCCUGAAAAACUCUGAAGAAUCCCCACCAAGCACUCUCUUGUGAACAGAAGACAUCAAGUCCCUCUUCCCUCCUCCCUCUUCAGUCCUGUCCCCACCAGGAGAACAAAUGACUACUGUUCUUGUCCCCUUUUUUAGAUAUGUCCCAAAAAUUGAGUUUUCUAGUCCUGUUCUGUUUUUUUAAAUUUUCGUUUGAUUUUAGUUUACUUUUUGGGAUGAUGCCAUCUCACUUCAUCAUGUGACUGUGCCCAUUCCUGCAUGGACCUUUCCCAAGCGCUAGCACAGGUGCAAAUCCAUCAGAGUCAUUGUUUUCAUAAGAACCAAGCAGAAGCGAAGAGAAGAGAAGAGGACCUGCCAGAAAGAUAGGCUUUGGACAGCUGCACGGCUUGUGAGGCGAGCUCAGUGCGCCGUGUGCCGAGAUGCCCCGGGCAUUUCUGCCUGUCGUGCUGCUGUCAUGCGGCGCUGAACGGUGUAACGUAUGGUGACAGAAAGUAUCUUAUUUAUAUAUAGAUAUAUAUAUGUAAUUUAUAUAAAAUAUAUAGAAAUUAUUAUAUAUAUAUAUUAUACACUCUCAUAUAAUAUAUAUAUAUUCACUCACAUUUGGACUAGAAAAUCUAUGGAGACUUCAUCAAUGGUACUGUGUUAUUAGAGAAAUGCUUUAAUUUUCAUAAUCCAAUCAGAUGGCAUCUUAUAUCCCAACUGGUUGGGGAGGGAUCGAAAGCGGUAGUAAGUGCUGUACCAAGGGCACUCGCAUAUGGUCAUUCUCUUGAAAGCGGAGGUUUGCUCUAGGACUGGUCGUGAGCGGGGCUUGUGCCUGGGGGGCGAGAGGGUUGGAGACUUGACCCAAAGGCGCUGCUGCCCUCGAGGUGCGGUCAGUCCUGUGUGUGGACAGAGAGAGAAUGGCUAACGAUGCUCCAUAUUAAAUUGCCUAUUGUUUUCUGCCACCUGAUGUGUCUGCAUGAGAGGUUUCCUUUUUGUUCAUUUUUAAGCUGCUGUUAAACCAAAACCAUGUUGUGCUACCGUGUCAGCCUUUUCAUUAUUCCAAAUUUUACUUUUACUAUUUAAGUGAAUGCGUAGAAUCCAAUUUGACCGUGUUUUAAAGGCUCAUGAUGUGGAGGAGCCGGGCCUUGUGAUAGAGUAGGUGAUCCGGGCUCUGCCGUCCAGUCAGCAGAGGGGAAGUGGGGGCUGCUGAGAAGCGGGAGCUGGGGCUCUGUGUUGUGAUGUGUCCCUUUCUUUACUCAUGCACCUGGGACGCACUGGACUCCACUAAGACCCCUUCGUGCCCCCCCCAACAGGGACGGGGUGUCACUUGCCUUCCAGUUCUGUGCUGGGACGAUGGGACAGCACUGAGCUUGGCCAGCCACGUAACAAGGAGUUUGAUUUGGGUUUUGUUCACAGCUGCUUCAUAUGCCCUACCCUUGCGCCCUCACCAACAGCUGGUAGCUUACUGUUUCCUCAAGAAAGUAGACUUUAAGGCUGUCAGUUUGACCUGUAGAGCUGAGAGUCACUCACUGGCGAGACGUGAAACCUUGUUGGUUUUCCCCAGAGUCAGAAGGCAGUGACUGUGGUCAAAGGAGUUUUUCCCUGACCACGAGAGCAGGUGGCAGGUGCGGCUCGGGCCCCGCCCCUCCGUGCCCUUUGGAAGCCACCAAGCCUCUCUCGCCCCCACAAUGGAGGCAUCAUGCAGGGGAGGAAGGGGUGGACAUGCUUAGCCCCAGGGGUGAGUCUGUUGUUUUCUACCCGCUGGGUUGUGACCAGUGCAGAUGAUGCCACGUUGAAGACGCUUUGAGCACCACCAGCCAAACAUAGGAAAUCUGUUAACGGUCCUCCUACCAGCAUAGUGAGGCCAGCUGUAAAGUGUGGGGUCCAGACCGAGGGUAAAGAAAGGGCAGCAGCUUUACCUGGGCAGUUCACUGGAUUGAAGGCAAAGAGGGAUAAGGCGAUGGCCGAUGGUGACUCUGGUGAGGAGGGGGGUGAGCAGGGAGUGUUGAUUUCUCCAGUGUUAACUGAUGUACUCUGAGUGGUGCUCAACCCUCUGCCCCUCCC